UUAACCUUCCACUUUCUCCAUCUUCACUGAUAAAUCAAAUUCUCCAAAAUCAAAUUCAACAAAAGCAAAAAAAAAAAUGAAGCCAGUGGUACAGGAAACGAAGAAUGGCAAAGUUACCAUCAAAACAGAGUGCAGAGCAAACGAAGAAGGAGGAAAACACAUAGAAAAACUGGAUCUCGAUACUAAAAACGUCAAUACUGUUAAGUACGUCGAAAAAAAGUUGACGGAAAAAGGGGUGCAGAGGUUGGAACGGCAUCCAUCGGAUGGAUUGCCGUUAAAGCAUGAUCCGAAGAAAGGACACGGAGGUAAGUAUACAUGGGAAGGACCUGAUAAGUAUAAUGUGGAUGAGAAAGAUCUGAAUUAUAAUGUGAAUGAAGAAGCAGAGGAUGAUGAUAUUGUGGGUGAAAUUGAAGUAGCAAAAUUGGCUGAAGAAGGUGUUGCUAGAAUUGAAAUUGAUCCUAAUUUGAAAAUUGAUUAAUCAUUCUUACAUCUUGUGAUUUUGGGGGGGAAAAAAAUUGUUGAAUUUGUGUGAUUUGUGUUUGUUAAUUACUUGUAUGUAAUGGAAUAAUAACUGAACUUUUUCUUCAUAAAUUUUGUUAGUGAUUUUCUCGGUUUAUUGAGUUUUAAA